GCUGCGUGCCGCGGCCUGGAGGUGGGAGUCGGCCUGGGACCGGGGGCGGAGGGGCAGGACCACCGCGGCCGCCGCCGCUGCACUCAGGCCGGGGGGAAGAUGUCCACCUCGUCGCCCGAGGCGGUGAAGAAGCUGCUGGAGAACAUGCAGAGCGACCUGCGGAGCCUGUCGCUGGAGUGUCGCAAGAAGUUCCCCCCCGUCAAAGAGGCUGCUGAAUCAGGAAUCGUGAAGGUUAAAACUAUAGCAGCUCGAAAUACAGAUAUUUUGGCAGCCCUGAAGGAAAGCAGCUCUGAGGUUGUCCAGCCAUUGCUCAUGGGAUGUGGAACCAAGGAACCCAAGAUUGCUCAGUUAUGCCUGUCAGCAAUUCAGAGGCUCAUGUCUCAUGAAGUAGUUUCUGAGGCUGCAGCUGGGAAUAUCAUUAACAUGCUGUGGCAGUUGAUGGAAAACGGCCUGGAGGAACUCAAGCUUCUUCAAACGGUCCUGGUCCUAUUGACAACAAAUACCGUGGUGCACGAUGAUUCCCUUGCUAAGGCAAUUGUACUCUGCUUUCGACUGCAUUUUACCAAAGACAAUAUCACCAAUAAUACAGCAGCAGCAACAGUGCGCCAAGUGGUUACAGUUGUCUUUGAGAGAAUGGACGCGGAAGAUGAGCAACAUAAAGAUAGUGACAGUCAGCCUCCUGUUGUCCAAGGAAACAGCAACAGAAGAACAAUCAGUACACUGAGGCCCUGUGCAAAGGAUGCAUACAUGCUCUUUCAGGACUUGUGCCAGUUGGUAAAUGCAGAUGCUCCGUACUGGUUGGUGGGAAUGACGGAAAUGACCCGAACAUUUGGAUUGGAGUUGCUUGAGUCUGUCCUGAAUGACUUUCCACGAGUAUUUUUGGAGCACCAAGAGUUCAGUUUCCUUCUGAAGGAAAGGGUGUGUCCCUUAGUGAUCAAGCUGUUUUCUCCCAAUAUCAAAUUCAGACAGGGUACAAGUACUCCAUCUUCCCCAACUCCUGUCGAGAAACCAUAUUUUCCCAUCUGUAUGCGUCUUCUCCGAGUGGUGUCUGUUUUAAUCAAGCACUUCUACGGUCUUCUGGUAACAGAAUGUGAGAUAUUUUUGUCUCUGCUGGUGAAGUUUUUAGAUGGUGAUAAACCCCAAUGGCUUCGAGCAGUUGCUGUGGAAUGCAUUCACAGGCUUUGUAUACAGCCCCAACUACUUCGGUCUUUCUGCCAGUCAUAUGAUAUGAAGCCACACUCAACAAAGGUGUUUAGAGAUAUUGUAAAUGCAUUGGGAUCUUUUAUACAAUCACUCUUUAUUACUCCCAGUACUGGAAACAACCCAAUCGCAAAUGCACAGACAGGCACGAGUGGAAUUGGUGGUCCUACUGCAGCACAGAAUGGCACUGGGAUGGGUGCAACAGUGGGAUUCACCCCACAACCAGCUUUUGAAUACAGAGGCACAUGGAUACCAAUUCUGAGCAUCCCCGUACAAGGCUCUUCUAAAGCAGGCUACCUAGAAUCACUGGACAAAGUGGAGCACCUACCAUUCCCUGAUGGCUAUGCCAUGUCUGUAGCAUUCAGUUGUCUCCUGGACCUGGUUCGAGGUAUUACAGCCAUGAUCGAGGCAGAAUUAGAGCAUGAAGUUGUUUCCCAGAGCACGUUUGCAAAACCGGAGACACAGCUGCAACCUUCAGAGCAGCAGGAAAAGCCAUCGGUGACCGACGAGGAGGCUGUUUCUCGAGCCGUGUGGGAGGAGAUGGUUGGUGCUUGCUGGUGUGGCCUUCUCGCAGCUCUUUCACUGUUGCUGGAUGCCAGUACUGAUGAAACUGCCUCGGAAAACAUCUUGAAAGCAGAAAUGACUAUGGCAUCCCUCUGUGGCAAACUGAGUCUCGUUACACCAAGAGAUGCUUUCAUCACAGCCAUUUGCAAAGCCUCACUGCCCCCACAUUAUGCACUGACAGUGCUGAACAGUUCUGGUGGCUUUCAUAAAACGUACUCCAUUCAAGGUCAAAGUGUGCAGAUGAUCAGCCCAUCUAGUGAAUCACACCAGCAAGUGGUUGCUGUUGGUCAGCCACUCACUUCUCAACCCCAAGGAACAGUUAUGUUGACCGCGAAGAAUAUUCAGUGCAUGCGAACUUUGUUAAAUUUAGCUCAUUGUCAUGGAUCAGUACUUGGAACUUCAUGGCAGCUCGUUCUGGCUACUCUACAGCAUCUUGUAUGGAUUCUAGGCUUGAAACCUGCAAGUGGGGGUGCUCUGAAACCAGGUAGAGCAGUUGAAGGACCCAGCACUGUUUUGACCACCGCUGUCAUGACUGAUUUGCCUGUGAUUUCAAACGUACUUUCAAGGCUUUUCGAGAGCUCUCAGUACCUUGAUGAUGUAUCACUUCAUCACUUGAUAAAUGCUUUGUGCUCCUUAUCAGCCGAAGCUAUGGAUAUGGCAUUUUGGAACAACAAGGAGCCUUCCUUAUUUGCGGUGGCGAAGUUGUUAGAAACAGGACUGGUGAACAUGCAUCGAAUUGAGAUUCUCUGGAGACCACUAACAGGGCAUCUUCUGGAGGUCUGCCAGCACCCAAAUGCCAGGAUGCGGGAGUGGGGAGCGGAAGCCGUCACUGCAUUAAUUAAAGCUGGACUGUCUUUUAAACAUGAUCCACCACUAUCAGAGAAUCAGAGGCUGCAGUUGCUGCUGCUGAAUCCACUGAAGGAGUUGUCCAAUAUUGCCCAGUCUGACAUCCGACAGAAGCAAUUGGAAUGCGUACUCCAAAUCCUGCAAAAUGAAGGUGACAGCCUGGGACCUGGCUGGCCUCUGGUGCUGGGCGUCAUAGGAGCAAUCCGAAAUGACCAAGGGGAAUCUCUAAUUCGCACAGCAUUUCAGUGUUUACAGUUAGUGGUGACUGACUUUCUUCCCACAAUGCCCAGCACCUGCCUUCAGAUUGUCGUGGAUGUAGCUGGCAGUUUUGGGCUUCAGAAUCAAGAGCUGAAUAUUAGUUUGACGUCAAUAGGUCUGUUGUGGAACAUUUCAGACUACUUUUUCCAACGAGGUGAAACGAUUGAGAAAGAGCUCGAGAAGGAAGAAGCUAUGCUGCAGAAACAGGCUGAGGAAAAGGGGGUUCCUUUACAUCGGCCGUUCCAUCCCGCUCCACCGUUUGACUGCCUCUGGCUGUGCCUUUACUCCAAGCUGGGAGAGCUGUGUGUGGAUCCGCGGCCGGCUGUCCGAAAGAGCGGAGGACAGACCUUGUUUUCCACAGUGGGUGCACAUGGAACGUUGCUCCAACAUGCGACGUGGCAUACCGUGUUGUGGAAGGUUUUAUUUCCCCUGCUGGAUCGGGUAAGAGAAUCAUCCACUACAGCAGACAAAGAGAAGAUCGAAUCUGGCGGUGGAAAUAUCCUCAUUCAUCACUCAAGAGACACCGCUGAGAAGCAGUGGGCAGAGACUUGGGUUUUAACAUUGGCAGGGGUGGCUAGAAUCUUUAACACCAGGCGAUACUUACUACAGUCUUUAGGAGACUUUUCCAAAGCGUGGGAUGUAUUGUUGGAUCACAUCCAGUCUGCUGCUCUGAGCAAGAACAGCGAAGUUUCUUUGGCUGCACUAAAGAGUUGCCAGGAAAUUUUACAGAUUGUGACCCCUGUAAAGGAAUGCGAUAAGCCGGAAGGACUUGCCGGAGUUAACAUGCUGCCUUUUGUGGGGCCUCUGAUUCCAACGGGGCCACCCAGAGUCUUGAACCGAAGCGAUUCAGUGGGGGAAAGGCUGGGACGACACAAUGCAAGUGAACUGAAUGCUGCCGGAGAUGAGAUUGAGGACUCUGCCCUUUGGUGGGCUGCAUGGAACACCUGGUACAGAAUAGGUUCAGAGAGCACCAAGCCUCCAGCCACCUGUGAUAAGCUGUUCUUCAUUCCAAGUCAGCCCUUCCUCACAGCACUGGUGCAGAUUUUCCCAGCUCUGUACCAGCACAUCAAGUCGGGCUUCAGCAUGGAGGACCUAAAGAAACUGGGUGUUAUACUGCACGGCGCUGUAUCAGUUCCUAUCAGUUCUGACGCCUCGCCUUUCAUUCUUCCAUCCUACACUGAAGCGGUACUCACUAGUCUACAAGAAGCAGUACUGGUAGCUCUCGAUGUCCUUCAAAAGGCUAUUUGCAUAGGACCAGAAGACAUGCAGAUCAUGUACCCAGCAAUCUUUGACCAAUUGCUCUCAUUUGUCGAAUUCUCCUGCAAGGCACCAACAUAUGGAAAAUUAGAAACAAAAAAUAUAGCAAAUGCAAAGUUUAAUCAGAUUCAGCUAUUUGCUCCGGCAGAGUGGGUAGCUUUGAAUUACGUACCUUUUGCUGAAAAGUCACUAGAAGUUGUUGUGGAUUUAUAUCAGAAAACAGCAUGUCACAAAGCUGUGGUAAAUGAAAAAGUCCUUCAGAAGAUCAUUAAGACCUUAAGAAUACCGCUCAGCCUGAAGUAUGCCUGCCCAUCAGAAACCACAUGGAAAAUGGCUGUUUCCUCUCUUCUUAAAGUGCUUUCUAUUGGACUUCCAGUUGCUAGGCAGCAUGCUUCCUCAAGAAAAUUUGAUACCAUGUGGCCAGAAUUAUCUAAUACAUUUGAAGACUUCUUGUUUACAAAAAGCUCACCCCCGGAUAAUCUCUCUAUUCAAGAAUUUGAGAAAAAUGAGAAUGUAGAUGUUGAGGUUGUGCAGCUUAUUAGCACCGAUAUAUUGCCAUAUGCAAACUUCAUUCCAAAGGAAUUUGUUGGCCAGAUAAUGACGAUGCUAAACAAAGGUUCAAUCCAUUCUCAGUCAACUUCAUUUACAGAGGCCGAAAUUGACAUUCGAAUGAGAGAGGAGUUUUCCAAAGUCUGCUUUGAAACAUUGCUUCAGUUUUCCUUCAGCAAUAAGGUGACAACUCCCCAGGAAGGUUACAUUUCUCGAAUGGCGUUAUCUGUGCUCUUAAAGAGGUCGCAAGAUGUGUUACAUCGGUACAUUGAAGAUGAGAGGUUGAGUGGUAGAUGUCCUCUCCCAAGGCAACGAGUGACAGAAAUAGUUUUUGUUUUGAAAGCAAUCAGUACUCUUAUGGAUUCACUUAAGAAAACAAAGCCUGAAAAUGUUGAUACCAACACCUGGUCGCAAGUAAUUGCUCUGUAUCCAACACUAGUUGAAUGUAUUACUUGCACUUCUUCUGAAGUUUGCUCAGCUUUGAAAGAGGCAUUAGUUCCAUUUAAAGAUUUUCUUCAGCCACCAGUAGUGAAAGUGCAAAACGGAGAGUCUUGACAAAUAUGAAAUUGCCACAUCGUCUGCAGGACUAUUAAAUGUCGAUUUGGACAGUUUACUUACCAGAGCACAAUCGGUAAAGGUCUGGAGCAUAAUUGAAUGUAAAGAUCUACAUGUGCAGACUGGACUAAAUAACAAUCAGGGGCCUUGUUUGGAAACAAAUCUUGCUGACCGUUGGGGUUAUUAGAUAUGCGUAGAGAAAAAAAAGUUGUGUAGCUGCCCCACCACUUUUUUUUUAGUGAAGCUGACCAGUGGGUUUGUUUUUAGUUAAUCAGCCUAAAUCUGGUGCAGUGAUAUGAAAAGUGUUUGAGGGAAGGGAGGGUGUGUGUACAGAUUGUGUUUAAAAAUGUUGCUGAUGUAAUUAAAAAAAUAUAUAUAUUCAACAUCAUAUAUUUGAGAAAUAGGCUGGCAUUUUGUGCACUUUUUAAAAAGGUACUAAAGUUGUGCACAGACCUAUAUGCAAGUGAGUACCAUAACAUUCCAUGUCAUGUGUGACCAGCCUUUCUGAGUAAAGGGAAAUUAUGUACUUGUGUGUAAAAUAAAUUGUCCACUUCUGUUACAGAGUGUGACCUUUUUCUGUGAUAGCUUGAAGGGUGUUGUGUGUCAGCACACUGCAGUACUAAAUAAUGAGUUCUUUACGUGGUUUCUGUCGUCAUUCACCUUCCAUCCAUGUCAGUAUUAAUAUUAUGUAAAUUAUUUUUGAUCUGACAAUUUUUUUUAAGUGUUUAUUGGAAAAUAUUUGGUACUUGACACUAUUGUGCUCGCAUUGUGAUUUGCCUGCUGGAAUACAGUUCUUUCCCAUUACAGCUGUACAUUACAAACUGUUUUGGUGCCCUGAAAUAAAACUAAUAUCUGAAGGGAGUGGUUUAGCAACCCUACUUUCUAAGUUUAAUCUUCUAACAGACACAAGCUAAGAUGCUGUAAAUGAUUUGAUACCAUCUGCAAUGCUUUUCCAGUUCUUGUCAGCUGCUCACAUUUUUUUUCCACUGACAUUUGACUGCCAAGCUUUUACACAAUAUACUAGUAAUUUUUUAAAAAAAGGUGCUUUUGUACAGUACUGUAGUUUUAAAUCUAUUUUUGUGUGAAGUAAUAUAAAAGAAACAUUUUUACAAUUGAAUGUGCUGUUCAACUUGAUUACUAUUAACUAAUUAGAUUCAAAUUCCAUAUCCUGGAUAAAUUGUACAAUCUUUAUAUCCCUUUUACAGUGCUUAUUUGUAUUGAAUAGUGCUGAUAUAUUUAAUGUUCUAAGUGGAACUAUGUGGUCCUAUGAUCAGAGGAUUUGUACAACUCUGAGCACUUCAAGUCAAGGACCAAGUGUCUUCUUCCAUUUAAUACCUUAUCACCUAUCAGCCACAUCUGCUGUGCUAUAGUAAUUAAUGCAAAUGAAAAUAGUCUUUUUAGAUCUGUAGUCAUGAAUUCAAUUUGUUUCUGCAAAAUCUUUAUGCUGCAUCAGUUAGUUUAAUAAUACAGUUUGAUUGCAGAAAGCUGUUCCUGUCACUGACUGUUAAAACCAUUGACUUGCUCAAUACUCAAUGAACCAUCCAUUCUAUGUCAGCAGAAAAUAAGACAGAAGUCCCCCAUGUCACUGCAACCAUUACACUGUGGCCAGCCACCCAAAGUUCUGUAAAAUAAAAAC